CCACUGAGGUCUUUCGUUACAGAGACAGGAAGGUUCGAGUCUGCAGACAUGAUGGAGGUUCUGACAGAUUAAAGCAGCAUUAUGAGCAGCAGACUGGGACAGAGGGUCCUGCAGACCGCUUGGAUCAGGACCUUCUGGGACUGCAGGCUCCAGGCCGGGGCCAGGUCCUCCUGGGACUGCAGGCUCCAGGCCGGGUUCAGGUCCGGACUCAGCAGGAGCCUGUCAGGGUCAGCCAGGGGCACCAUGAAUGUGUUCAACAGAGAGAUGAAGAGGAGGCAGAGAAACUGGUCUGCGUCUCUGCUGGACCACCACGUGUACGACUACCUGAAGGACGAGGUUGGGAGUCAAGUUGCUGAUCGGGUUUUUGAUAUCACAAGGACAUUUCCUCUGGCCCUGGACAUCGGAGCAGGGAAAAGUCACAUCGCCAAGCACUUAAACAAGGAUGUGGUGCAGCGUCUGGUUCUGACAGAAAGCUCCCAGGAGACUCUGAAACUCAACAGGCCGAGUGAGAUCCAGACUCAGAGGGUUCUGGCCGAUGAAGAGUUCCUGCCGUUUAAGGAGAACACCUUCGACCUGGUUCUGAGCAGCCUGAGUCUGCACUGGAUCAACGAUCUUCCUGGAGCUCUCAAACAGAUCCAGCAGGUUCUGAAGCCGGACGGGGUGUUCAUCGGGGCGAUGCUGGGCGGGGACACGCUCUACGAGCUGCGCUGCUCCCUGCAGCUGGCCGAGAUGGAGCGGGAGGGGGGGUUCUCCCCCCACGUGUCCCCCUUCACCGCCAUCACGGACGUGGGGAACCUGAUGGGCCAAGCGGGCUUCAACAUGCUGACCGUGGACACACAUACCGUUCAGGUCCAUUAUCCAGGAAUCAUGGAAGUCUUGAUGGACCUCCAAGGGAUGGGGGAGAGUAACUGUGCCUGGAACAGGAAGUCACUGCUGCACAGAGACUCCAUCUUAGCUGCUGCUGCUGUUUAUAAAGAGAUGUUUGGCAGCGAUGACGGCGCGGUUCCUGCCAGAUUCCAGAUCUUCUUCAUGAUUGGCUGGAAGCCUCAUGAGUCUCAGGCGAAACCCUCGAAGCGCGGAUCAGCGACGGUGUCGUUCGAAGAUCUGUCCAGGAUCAACCAGCAGAGCGGCUCGGAUAGACCCUAACCCUGCCACCGAGUCAGAUUCCUGGGUUUAGGGACUUCAGAACCAGUUCUUGGUUCUGAAAUGAUCCCAAGGAUCCGGCCCGAGGUGACAAUGUUACAGGAAGUUCAUCUUUGUGACUUCCUGUUUAAAAACCUGCAGUCAGAGUGAAUGAGAGUUCCUGAACAUC